AUGGCAGGGGGAAGAGUUGUCAGUUGUCCAGUUUGUCAGGGGCUUGUGGAGAUGCUCUGGGGUCCCUUGGGUUCUCAAAUGGAUUUUGUGUUUCCAUGGGCAGGACUCUGGGCUAGCCUCCAAAGGAAAUCUGAUUACAAGAAACAGGUGAAGUUACAUGCAGUUGCCAGGAGCUCAGAAUCCAGUGAAGGCACAGACAUGGCAAGGUUGGACAGCGGCGCCCUUGGCAACGGGAGGGACUGGCACUCUCAGCCUCAUGUGCCUGACCACCUUUGGGGACAGGAAGUCAGGCCAAAGGCUGCUCCAGGAGGGAAGGUGAGGAAGUGUGGUCCCAAAUCCAGCCCCCUCCCGGCGGAGCUCACAGAGCUCAGGGCUGGAACUCGGAACCUCUACCCCGACGCAGGCGGCAGAACGGAGGGGAACUCGAGCCCCGGCCCCCUCAGGGGACCCACGCCCGGGGCGCAGCUUUGCUGGGAGACAGGGCAAUACUGCGCAGCCGCGGCCCCACAAGCAGAAACAGGCCUGGGCGCCUGGAGGCUGCGUCCCAGGCCUGCGUGGAGCUGCGGCCCGGCGACUCCCGGAAGACAGCGCGGGGCACUGGGCGCCCCGGAUCCGAGCCUCCCGGGCGGCAGGGCCUCCCAGUGCGGCACCCGGAUCACCGCCAAGGCACCCCAAGCGCGGACGGCGGGACAGGGGACAGCACCAGGGUGGUGUCCGAAGCUUCCCCACCGCCUUGGACCAACUCGGCCCGGCCCCGGCGGGGCUUCCCGGAGAGAUUUAUACCACUUUCCGGGGCUCCCGCUCAGGCCGGACAACAGCUCGGAUACCCAGUCCCGCUGGAGGGUUGACCCCCCCAUCCAGAACCAGCCAACCAACCAAACCACCUCUCCCAAGCCGGGCCGCUUCCCGUCCGCCGCUGACCUGAUCAGAGCCGCUCUGCCGGCCUGAGGGAGCUGAGAAGGGGAUUGGGAAUGGGGUCUUGGGGAGGGGGCUGGCUUUUAUAUCCAUUUUUAUAAAGAUCAUAGUCUUUAACUGUUCUAAGUCAUUCAUCUUAACUCAGCAUAUGGAUUUGUCAGCAGAACACGACUUAAAAGUGGCUUCAGAGGAAAACCAAGAAAUACUUGAAAGAAGUGAAAACAAACAGCCACAGGAUUUUCAAAGUUAUGGAAAAAAGAAGGAUGUGAUAUAUACAAAUUGCAUGUUGAAGGGAGAUAUUGCCACACUCAGAUGGGAAUUAUAUGUAAUAAAAAAUGACAGUCUCAAAAAGGAAAAGGAAUAUAUUCAGGAAAUUAAAAGUAUUAGGGAAAUAAAUGCUAACUUUGAAAAGAGUGUGAGACUCAAUGAGAAAAUGAUAACAAAAACAAUGUCCCAGUGUUGGCAACAGCUUAAUGACCUCAAAGCUGUGAAUACAAGGCUGAAUUCAAAAUUGGAGAAGGAAAAACACCGCACAGACAGACUGGAAGCUGAAGUUGAAUUCCUCCAUUCUAGACUGGCUGCUGCUAUAAAUGAGCACAGUGAAAGUGUAGAAACAAAAGACCUAGAACUUGUUUUACAGAGAGCAUGUAAUUUUUCUGUACAUAAAAAAAAUGAGUUCUACUAUUUCUCAACUAAAAGAUAAACAGGAGUUGCUUACUGAACAAUUUUCUAAAGCUGGGAUGAAGUUAAAUACCUUAAAAGGUAAGCUCCAUGAGACAAGAGAUGCUCUCAGGGAAAAGACACUGGCUUUAGAAAGCGUGCAGAUGGACCAGAGGCAAGCACAGCAUUGAAUAAAGGAAAUGGAGCAGGUGCAUCCAAAUGAGGAAGCUAAACUAGUCAAUCCACCGGAAAGCACAACUGUGUAGAGGAGAGACUGUGUCAACUAGAAUGUGAAAAUCUCUUGCUUAAACAACAACUACAGGGUGCUCAUAAGGAAGGCAAUGAUAAAGAGAUAGUAAUUAAUAUCCAAGGAGGCUGUCUUGAGAGUAGAAAGAUCUUCUUCUAGAAGAGAAAAAUAAGAAAUUAAUGAAUGAAUAUAAUUCUACAAAAGAAAAGCUGUUUCAGUAUGUAAAAGAAGAAGCAGCGGAGAAGUAUGAAGAAAGAUAAAUAUUUUUAACUUUCCAGAAGGAAAAUUUAAACAUUUCAUUGUGGCUAUAUGUUGAAUCUAGUUCAAUAUAAAAAUAGAUAGAUGAAAAUGUAUUUACCAUACUGUAUAAUUCCAUUUUGUGGAAACAUCCAGAAAAGACUUAUAUGGAAAGGGUUGAAGGUAGGGUUGAUCCUCCAGAGUAAGUGGCAAGGUUACACACGUCCAGUGAGGGCAGAAAAACUGGUAAGAAUCUCGGCCGCUAGAGUCAGGGUGAUUUCCAGGACGAAGGUGAAAGCCAACGCUCUGGACCCCUUUUCUGCACCCUUAGAGCUUCCACAUCCAGUCCGACUUCUGGUGUGUCCGAACCCUGCAGCAAUGUCGACGUUCCCUGAUCCCAUGAUCGGCAGAUCGUGCUGUUCUUUGUGGGUACGGGCAGGUUCUGGGAGCAAAGCACAUAAAUCGACUACAAAAGAGACUUUCUUGGAUGUUCCCACUUUCCAGGUGGUGUUUGCAAAGACACGUACUGUUGUGAAGGAAGUGAGGAGAAAUGAGAGCAAUCCUCUUACUGUGACUGUCGGUAACCCUAGUUUAGCUCAAUGGUAUUACGGCAUGUCACAGGGAUUAAGGCUUUAUAUUUUGGGAUUUGAUGUUGGAACUAUGUUCACCAUCCAGAAAAAGGUCCUGGUCCCAUGGAGCCCUCCUAAGCCAAUCGGAUCUUUAACUGAUUUGGUGACCCUGUGUUCCAAAAACACCCAGACAGGUCAAUUUAACUGUCCCACCAUCAUUCCUGCUUCCUAGACCUCAGCUGCAACGACAACACCUCCAACCCAGCCUGAAGUCCAUUCUGGACAGUGCUCUUCACCUCCAGUGCUGCCAGUCCCACAUCCUAAGAGUGCCCCUGUGUAGAAGGGGGGAAGGACACCCACCCUUACAGCUCCUCGCACGAGGCUGAAAAGUGUCCAAUUCUCCCAUAGAUCUGAUGUAUACAGCUUCCUUGAAUAAACAGAGAAACUGAUCCCGCUAGUCUUAAAGGAAGUUACAUUGGUUUCAUCUGAGUUCCCUGAAACUUACCAGCCCGGGGUCUGACAAUGAGAACCCAGCCCCUCAGCUCCUAUGAUUGCCUAAGACCACCUGCUGCCUGGUAACCAACUUCUCUUCCUCACUCCUCCCCAAUUCGUGUUUUUCCACCCACGGUUACAUUUCUUCGUGGCUAGCCCUGCAGGACCCCCAGUCUAUCCACUAACCCGAAUGUUGAGAGAGGCUCUCUUGGCCCCCUUCCCUGCCCAGCUCUUUCCCUCCUCCUGUGUCUGCCCCGCCCCCAACCCUUCCGCUGAGGCCCAGUGGGGCCUCUGAAAAACCGCAGGGGUGGUGGGUGUUGGGCUCUGCCUGGGGAACCUGGGGAGGAAGGGCGGUUCUCCAACUCCCCUUGGUCGCACCCCAGUCAUUCUGACCUUGCAUUCGCGCGCGGCUUCCUUGACCUCUCUGUGCAGCCAAAAGGGGCAAAUUCAGGAACUGCAAGAUGGCGCACCAGGUGAAACAAGCGGCUGCGCCUGCAGAGAUGCUGGGACCCAGGCUACUGGUGGCCUUUCCAGCAUCAGGUUCCGAACCUACCCACCUCCUGCACCCUGUUCCUAUGGAGAGGUGACAACGUGCUAGCAGCCCUCGCUCACUCUCCGGCACCUCCUUCCCCUCGGCAUCUGCUCUGGCCGCGCUCCAGGAGCCCUUCAACCCGCAGCUGCGCUGCGAGGGCCCCUCUCUGGGGCUGGCCAGGACCAGAGCCGGCUCCCUCUGCUGGUGGGGAGGUGUGGAGGGAGAGGCGGGGGCGGGAGGCCAGACUGCGCAUGGGGCUCAGGGGCCGACGCCGGUUCUGGUGGGCGCGGGCUCUGUGAGCCAGGCCCUCGCUGUGGCCUGCUGGGCUUGAUGGAGGGAGGAGCUCCCUCUGGGCUGCCGGAGUGCCUGGACUGGGUGGCGCAAAGUCCGGGGCGACUGCUAUUAAGAGGUGAAGCCUGCUGGGCUUCUGGAUCAGGUGGGGACCUGGAGAACUUUUCUGUCUAGCUAAAGGUUUGUAAACGCACCAAUCAGCACUCUGUCAAGACGGACCAAUCAGAGCUCUCUGUAAAACGGACCAGUCAGCGCUCUGUAAAAUGGACCAAUCAGCAGUAUGUGGGUGGGGUCAGAUAAGAAUAAAAGCAGGCUGCCGGAGCCAACAGCUGCAACUCGUUGGGGUCCCCUUUUUAGCCUGUGUUCGUUUUGUUCUUUUGCUCUUUGCAAUAAACCUUGUUGCUGCUUACUCUUUGGGCCUGUGCCACCUUUAUGAGCUGUAACACCUCGAAGGUCUGCAGCUUCACUCCUGAGGCCAGCAAGACCCCUAACCCAGUGGAAGGAAGGAACAAGUCCAGAUGUGCAGCCUUUAAGAACUGUAACGCUCACCUCGAGGGUCCACAGCAGGAACCCACCAGAUGGAAGAAACUCCAGAUACAUCUGGACGUCUGAAGGAACAAACUCCUGACACACCACCUUUAAGAAUUGUAACACCCACCGCGAGGGUCUGCAGCUUCAUUCUGAAAGUCAGCGAGACCAAGAACCCACCAAUUCUGGACAUACUACUGGCACCCUGCUCCUACCAACGCCCUGCCCUGCCAUCGCCCUCCACCUACCCGCACCUGGGUCCUAACCUGGGUGUCCCGCCCCACCAGCACCCUGCUCCUACCCACACGCUGCUCCACCCACAUCGGGCUCUCAGCACCACAUCAUACCUGUGGCC